ACAAGACUUUAAAACAAGCACGCUACCUCCUACUCUACUCCUCUUACCACCACUACUACUACACGCCUCUCAACAACUCUCGCAAGUUUAAAUAAAACAUCACUCACAAUGGGUUUCACUCACUACGCCGGCCCCGCCUCCAACUUCCCUCCCCGCUCGCAGUGGAAGUCCUUCGAGGAGAUCUUCAACGCCAACAAGCCCGCCAUGGCCGCCACCGGCGACAGCGGCGAGGACAUCGGCCGCAUCUGGAACGCCGUUAACGAGUGUGCCAAGAUCGGUGUCGAGGAGCGCGUCAUCUUCGCCAUCAUCAUGCAGGAGAGCACGGGGGACGUCGGGGUGCGCACGACGGUGAACAUGGACGGGCACGGGACCGCGGGGCUCAUGCAGUGCGACGGCAGCCCCGGGUUCCCGGGCCAGCACAACCUCAGCCAGGAGCAGAUCACGUCCAUGGUGCGCGCGGGAACCAACCACUUCAAGCAGAACCUGCGCUCCUUCGGCGACGCCGACACCGCCGACUGCAUCUACAAGGCCCUGCGCGAGUACAACUCCGGCUCCGUCAACCAGGCCGACCUCAGCGACGGCAAGGGCGCCACCCCCUCCUACGUCUCCGACGUCGCUAACCGCCUCCUCGGCCGCACUAACUAGGUGCCUACCUACCUAAGAGAUAUAGUAAGGGGGGAAGUCAAUUUGGAUACACGUACCUAACCUACCUGGUACCAAGCUAGAAUAUAUUGAAGGAAGAGUUAAACCGGCUUAAGUGAUAUAAGCUAUAAUCACAUUCGUUUCUGUAUAUAGAAGUUUAAUACAACAUCACCCUAUGCACACGCACUUGCUAUAUCAUGUACCUAGUGCUAGUGUUGUGUGAAAAGACGCAUUGUUAAGGUAUUGAAAUCGC